AUGGAGCAGUUGGCUAGCUUUCCUGAUCAAGAGGAGGACACCGAUAGCUGUUCUGAAUAUGUGAAAUUCGAUGCACGCUCAAUGACAGCCUUGCUUCCUAUGAAUCCUAAAAAUGGCCCUACCCUUCAGGAGAAACUGAAGUCCUUCAAAGCUGCCCUGAUUGCCCUUUAUCUUCUUGUAUUUGCAGUUCUCAUACCUAUCACUGGAAUAAUGGCAGCUCACCUCCUGAAGUGGGAAACAAAGAAUUCCACAGUUGAUUCAAUUAACACGAAUUCUGUAUCUCAAAGUCUCACGGGAAAAGGAAAUGACAGUGAAGACGAAAUGAGACUUCAAGAUGUUAUGGAACACGUGAGGAACAUGGAGAAGAGAAUUCGAUAUAUUUCAGAGACUGAGGCCCAUCUCCCAGAUUUGGAGCAUUUCCAGAAUUUCACUGUGACAACUGGUCAAAGAUUUGAUGAUGUUCUUCUCCAGCUAAGCACCUUGGUUUCCUCAGUCCAGGGACAUGAGAAUGCAAUAGAGGAAAUCGCCAAGUCCUUAACAAGUCUGAAUACCACAUUGCUUGAUUUGCAGCUCAAUGUAGAAACGCUAAAUGGCAAAAUCCAAGAGAAUACAUUGAAACAACAAGAGGAAAUCAGUGAAUUGAAGGAGCGUGUGCACAAUGCAUCAGCAGAAAUUAAGUCUGUGAAAGAAGAACACGUGCAUUUGGAUCAGGAAAUAAGAGGAGAAGUGAAAGUAUUGAACAACAUCACUAAUGAUCUAAGGCUGAAAGAUUGGGAACACUCUCAGACAUUGAGAAAUAUCACUCUAAUUCAAGGUCCUCCUGGGCCCCCAGGUGAAAAAGGAGAUAGAGGUCCCACUGGAGAAAGUGGUCCACGAGGCUUACCAGGUCCGAAAGGUCCUCCAGGUCUUAAAGGUGAUCGGGGAGCAGUUGGCUUCCCUGGAAGUCGAGGAGCCAUAGGACCAGCAGGAAGGCCAGGAAAUCCUGGACAAAAAGGCCAGAAGGGGGAAAGAGGGAGUGGAAGCUUAUUAAACCAACCUAAAAGAGUUCGACUAGUGGGUGGCAGCGGCCCUCAUGAGGGUAGAGUGGAGAUACUGCACAAUGACCAAUGGGGCACAAUUUGUGACGAUCACUGGGGAAUGCAUGUUGGCGAGGUCAUCUGUAAGAGUUUGGGAUAUCAAGGAGUUAAAGGGAUUUACCUGAACGCUUAUUUUGGACAAGGUACUGGUCCAAUAUGGCUGAAUGAUGUAUCUUGUUUUGGGAGAGAAUCAUCUAUUGAAGAGUGCAAGAUCAGAUAUUGGGGUGUGAGAACCUGUUCACACCAUGAAGAUGCUGGAGUCACUUGCAAUUUAUAA